CGUCUCUACGAUAACCUGGGCAAUAUACGCCAAUGGUGGGAUAAUGUGACCAUUGCGAAGUUCGAGAAGAAGGCGGAGUGCAUCGAGAAGCAGUAUUCGGAUUACAUGCUGGAGCAGAUCGCGAUGAAAAUCAACGGCAGAAGCACGAAGGGAGAGAACAUCGCAGACAAUGGCGGACUUAAACAGGCCUAUAAGUGA